AUGGUCUCUAUUCCAACACUGGAUCUGCUGCUGCUCACAUUCAACUGUGCAAAGGCGCCCAUCAAUGUUGCCGACUUCGCAGGGCACCUGCAGCAUGCGUUGUCCGACCAGAGUGCGGCGUCAAACACGUCCUUGCUGCCAGACCUGAUCGUCUUCUCUCUACAGGAAGUGGCACCUCUUGGCCAUGCCUUUGCCGGUUCCUACUUUCUCAACCCCUUCCUCCUGCGGUUCGGCGACGCGCUGACCCAGGCCGCUACACAAAUAGAGGGCUACGAAUUCAGCAACGACGGCGAAGAGGAAGAUCACAAUGCAGGCGAGACUCGAACAUCAAAUGGCCCCAAGAAGCCAUACCACUUCAUUCACCAGGCGCACGUUGGCAUGACAGCCAUUCUGAUGUACGCCCGUGAUCCGUCAGCCAUCAGCAACAUCCAGGUCGCACACUGCGGCUUUGGUGUAGCCGACUUGGGCAACAAAGGCGCGGUCGGCCUGAGGAUAGCUUACGAAAAGAAGGGCAGCGACGAUUCAGUCGGCUCUUCGCCCAGCGAGCUCACGUUUGUUGCUACGCAUCUGGCCGCAAUGGAGUGGAACGUCCAGCGACGCAAUGCCAACUGGCGCAGCAUUGUUGCCGGGCUGACCUUUGGCAACCCAAACGACGUGCUUGCCGACGUCCCGUCACGAGAGGCGGCCGCCGCCCUCGGCCGUGGCCGCCAGGGCCGGAUCCACGAUGAAGCAGCAAGCACCCCACGCUCCGCCGAGGAGGAAGCUGAGGCGGCUGCGGCAGACGCGGCUGGCGACGAUGCCUGGCUUCUGCUGGGCGAGCGACAGCACGAAGUGGAUCUCCGCCGCCAGCUGCACGACCUCUCCAUUUUCCGGCCCGACAGCCUACUUUUUGUUGCCGGCGACCUCAACUACCGCAUUGGUGACCAGCGGCCUCCCGCUGAUGCCGAGUUCCCCACCGCAAGCACGUGGUCAAAGUUCCUUGAGCGAGACCAGCUGACCGAGGAGCGGCUCGCUGGACGUACAUUGCACGGGAUGAGCGAGGCGCCCAUCGCCUUCCCGCCAACGUACAAGUACGACAUUCUCAGUGACGACGACAUUGCCGACGGCGCAGUUCCCGACAACAUCGCCGAAAUCCGCGAGCAUGCAGAGUCGGAGUCUCCAAAUUCCGCUCCGCCGGUCCCGUGGAAAUACGCAACGCACCGCUGGCCCAGCUGGUGCGACCGCGUCCUCUAUCUGGACGUGCCUGUGUGGGUAAAGGCGCAGGCUGACCCCGACACUGCAGCCACCCCGGAAGUCAAAGUCACUUCCUACAAGCCGCUGCCGCUCAUGCGCACCAGUGACCAUCAGGCCGUGUGCUUCCGCGCUCAGGUCCCCCUGCUCGGCAAGCCUCAGGGGCACCCUGAGGAAGACGUGGCAGUCUCCGACGGCGAGUCGGAGAACGAAUCGGUCGACCCACGUGUCCGCCUUCCCGUGGCCAUUGACAUUGACGCCUGGGCCCGUCGUGCUCGUGCCCGUAACCGGGAGCGCGUUGCCGGCGGGGGUAUGCUGUUGUUCAACACCCGGGCCGGCGCUGCGGUCAUGGUCACAACGCUUGUAGUCGUCGUGGGUCUCUACUGGGUGUGGGUGGGCUGGCUAUAA